CCCAAAUUGAACAUAUCAAGGUCUCAAGAAAUCAAACCUUGAAUUUCUGCUCCCUCUGGGUCGGGACCGACGCUCGGGUACCCCAAGUCCAUCACCAUCGGGGAUCAACCGGGGUAUCGGUCUACAUAUGUAAUCCUGAUUCCUGACGAGCGACGAGAACUGGCCAAUUCGUAACUCAGCCUUCUAGAAACAUAUCCACUUCAAGAUUCUAUUUACUUUCCCGGUACUUAUCUCUUGAUUCAAAACAAGAAACAAAAAUGGACUACGAUGAUGAUGAUGAACAACAAGCCGGUUUCGAACUCGAUGAGCACGAUGAUGAUAUGCCCGCUGGGAAUCAAGCACCACAUGGGGCAGGGCAAGGUUUUGGUGGCCUCUUCAAUUCGUUCAAUGGCUACCCCGACAACAAUCACUUUGGAGGUAUCUUCGGUGGACAUGGUAUGGGAUUUGGUGGACAUCCCAACAUGCGCCCUCCAGCUGGAGCGUUCAGUAAAGGGUAUCGGGCCUUUUCCACUGCUAUCCUCGAGAUCAAGCAGGGUCGCGGAGAAAGGACAGGUGGUCGAAGCAAUGUGAUGCACGGUGGAAAAAUCAUCAUGCCACAAGACGCACUUGUAGAAUUGACAGAGAUGGAUAUGGAGUCGCCGUUCAUGUUCGAAAUUCGCAACUCGUCACCGAAUAAGACGAAUCUCUUCACUCACUGCGGUGUUCUCGAAUUCAUUGCUGAUACAGGUACUGUGCAUCUUCCCCAGUGGAUGAUGAAGCGUCUCGAUUUGAACGAAGGUGAUCCCAUAAAGCUCACUGGGACUCGAUUACCCAAAGGAAAAUUUGCUAAAGUUCAAGCUCAAAGCACCCUAUUCUUAGAGCUUGGAGACCACAAAGCGGUGCUAGAAACUUCUCUCAGAAACUUCUCCUGUCUCACGAAAGGAGAUAUCAUUGAGAUAUACCAUAAUAUGAUGACGUUCGAAAUUUUGAUCAUGGAGUUGAAGCCAGACGACGUACCAGGUGUCAGCAUCUUUGAGACUGAUCUUGAGGUAGAUUUUGCCGCUCCAGUGGGUUAUGUCGAGCCCACGCCUGUGCCGCGAGCGCCACCGCCAACAUUGGCUUCCAAAUUGAACAUCGAUGCCUCUGGAACUCAAUCCGUCAACGCUCGCGGAAGCGGCACUAAUACUCCUUCGGGCUCAACAGUUGGUGGCGGUCAGACUGCUUGGGAAGCGUUCACCGGUGGAGGACGCACGAUGGGUGGCAAGUCUGUGAGAGGCAAGGGCGUCGUCAAAAAGAAGAUUGAAGAGGUCGAUGCGAGCAGUAAGAUCUUCCGCACUGGUAUCCAGAAGAUUGUCACGGCCGACACUCAGAUUGGAGACCGUCAAGUACCCGCCAGGUUGGAUUUACCAUUUGGAACGUUGUUUUUUGGGUAUAAUAUCCAGCCUCACAAGCCUGCUACCGCGGAUGGAGCUGAUGCGGCUCAAUCUACCCCAUUCGCGGGUCUUACGGGCAACGGUACGACACUAUCGGGGCGCACCAGAACUGUAAGCGACCAGACUAGCCACGAACCAAGCUCAAAUGGCGCUGUCGUAGGUGGAUUUUCUGGCCAAGGAAACUCGCUGACAAAGCCGACUCCAAAGUCCACCGAUCGCAACGUAAUUGUGAUUGAUGAUUGAGCUCAAGGACGAACGAAAAUUUUGCUUCCUUGUUCAUCUUACAACUCCACUCUACUGUCGGUAAUCACUUUAGCCUUUUUUUGUACACCAUGCAACCUAACAAAUGACCGAAAAGACGGGGAUGUAUUAUGACAAACAUGUCUCAUUGUUUGUCUCUGUUCUGCCCAUCGUUCAGCUCUUGCGCCUUGCAGUCAGAACAUGUACUUUUGUAACAUAGAUGCCUUAUGAUGCCCGACGUCGAUCGAUAUUCGGAUAUUGCAAGAGAUCGCAUAUUUCCUUUGGCGAU